AUGGCAUCAGAUGCUCCUUACAAGUGCCAUGCGCCAUGGCCCAAAAAAAUAUCAGAGAACCCCGAUAUCACUGGUCAAGGGGUCAUUAUCGGCUAUAUCGCGACUUCUGGGAUUGCAGUGCUUCUCAUCCUAGUGUACUUUUUGGCCAUUCACGAUCCAAGCUUAGAUCACGUUGAAAAGAACGGAGCUUCUUCAACAUCAUCCAUCCGUGGGAAUCCAGUGGAUACUAUAUUUCUUCGGGCAGUGCGUUACAUUCCCCGAUAUUGCAUGGGAAAUUUGAGAUUCCCCAAAGAUAAGUUGGAACGGAGCUUUAUCAAGUGUAUAGUCGCAAUGAGUGAUACCCAGCUUGUGACCGGCUUCUCAAUUCUCAUUAGUGGCUUUGUCCAACUUCGUCAAGGACUCCAAUCCUAUCAUUGGCUGGCAAUAGUUGAUUUGGCGUGGUUUUCCAGUAUAACACACCUGGCCUGUUUGACAUUCUUGCGAGGUCACCUCCGCAAUCAUUCUUUGGAGCGCACGUUUCGUGUGAUAGCAAUGGCAUGUCUUGCCAUGAUGCUCAUAGUAGCUUUAUCCUUCACCAGUACAUACUGGUGGGCUUUGAUCUAUGGAAAGAGUUCUGUCCUAGAAGUUGCUAUCUUGACCGAAUCGAACACAAUCCAGCACCCUGCCAUCUGUCACAUGGGCAUCCAGGCUUAUGAUGUUACCAUAGGGUUGUACGAUAACCCAGAUGUUCUUUUUUUUAGUGUGGGCUAUAUUUCCAUGAUAGUCUCAAUGCUGCUGAUUGUAUUGGGAUUCGUCUUUCGCGUGAUGAAACUGUAUCGGGUGCUAUCUGUGGGAUUCAUUCAAAAUGUGAGAUUCCAGAUCAGCGCUUAUGUACGACGUCUUUUGCGUGUUGUUUACUUAUGGUGUUGCCCUAAACACCAUAUCCCCGGUCUGAGGCGAGGUCUCAUUUAUAGACCAUUAUUGGCACUAUUUCUAUCGACCCGUCUGCUUAUGGAUCUAUGGUCCUCUAUGCUAUUAGAGGUUCUCUGGCUGCUGGUCGCUUUUUCAUGGGGUAUAAUGCGUUUGAUGACUUUACUACAAGUCACCCAUGAAAUGUUUUUUGAAGCCUUCACGGUCUCCGAAAAUGACAAUAGCCAAUGGGGUUUUGGUCAGGUUGUGGCUGUUUUCCUCUUGAUUGUGCCUCUUAUUACGUUUGUUGAAGCGUUCGGGCAAGAUGAGACACACAACAAAUCUGAUACUCAUUCCUCCGUAUCCAUACCCCUUCAUGACCUAUCCGCCCAGUCGAAUUCAGCCUUGCCGUCCUCAUCAUACGCAGGGACCGACAUUCGUACAGACCCAGAAGACCCUGAUAGUGACUGGAAUAAACACACAGAAGUUCUUGGUACGGCAUUGACAUAUACGGCACUCAUGGUCAUUGCUUUGGUCAUUUUUGCUUUUAAAACGGUAUCUUGGGCAAUGAUAUCAGCAAUCGUGCAAAUUAGGAUGCCGAUCAUCCUGAUCAUACCCAAUUUCUUUGCACUGAUGCUUUUGUCAUUGAUGAUCGAAGCGGAUGUUUCUUUUAUUCCUCAAAUACCCUGCUGGGCUCGGAAGCUCCUUCUUAUUGCUGUUGUUCUUAUCACAGGGCUGAGUACGCUUCUCCCUAUCAUUAUGACCUUGGCGCGAAAGGUUGCUACGGAAUACCUCAUUUUUGGACCGCUAUCCUAUCCUUGGCUUACCAAUUGGGCUGGGGUUAUUGUGGUAGCUUCUUGUUACCUGGUAUGCAUCAUUAUCAUGCGUUUCGUGGGGAGUCGUCCUCGCUCGUCAUUAAGAUAG